AUGACAUACGCGAAAUUCAAACAGGAGAAGAGCGUCCAGAAGACGGUGGUAGACAACCAGAAGAUGGAUAAUCAGGGCAUCGCAGAUGCCCCGACGAAACUGUCGUCCGUCGACGGCAAGCACAGCAUGGCAGCCAACGACGAGAACAACCCGGUGGAGCUCAAGCACCUCGAGAAGAAGCCAGCCUGGGUAGACUGUCCCUUCUGCCACAGCAGAGUGGAGACCAGAGUUGAAAAGCAUGUGAGAAAGGAAGAUGUCGCGUGGAACUUUGCAGGGAUCUUCUUCUCCUUGAUUCAUAUCUCGAAUAAUUUUCCAGGAAUACACACCUCCACACACUACUGCUCGAACUGCGAGGAGGCCAUCGCGGCCAGGAGACCCGGCGAUGGCCUUGCUAAGACUCUAGACCUUCCGGGAGCAAGACGCAUGUGA